ACCGAUCACGCAGUGUCCACAAUAAUACGCCUUAACAGCAGUAGCAGCCGUCGACCGUCGCGUUGUUGCUUGCUACUUACUAGUUUACAGCAAGUCACUGUUGUCGUAUCCUCUCCGAAUCGGAUUGUCGUACUUCGCAGUUCUACCGAAUUAUUACAACAAAUUAAGUAUUAACAGUAAUAAUUUUACGACAACAGCAAUUGAUUGUAUUUGUUGUUAUUAUUGUUAUCGUCGACAACCGAUAUUCGUUGAUAACCGUUUUUUUCGCGUCGUCUGGACGAAUCGUCCCGAGUACUUGGUGUCCUACUGUCGUUCCGAAGUCAAACGAACAAGAGUUGACGCCAGAGACACUAAAUACCGACCGCGUCACCUCGACAAUGGGGGGAUUUUACAGUUAUUUCAAGAGUCUAUUUGGUGAAAAAGAACUGAGAAUUUUAAUCUUGGGCUUAGAUGGCGCAGGAAAGACUACCAUACUGUAUAGGUUACAAGUUGGUGAAGUUGUAACUACUAUUCCAACAAUAGGAUUCAAUGUUGAACAAGUUACUUAUAAAAAUAUUAAAUUUCAAGUUUGGGAUCUUGGAGGCCAAACAUCUAUUAGGCCAUAUUGGAGGUGUUAUUAUUCAAAUACAGACGCUGUAGUAUAUGUAAUUGAUUCAGUUGAUCGAGAAAGAAUGGGCAUAGCCAAGGACGAAUUGAUGUAUAUGUUGAAAGAAGAAGAAUUAAAUGGUGCUAUAUUAACAAUAUUAGCCAAUAAACAGGAUGUUGAGGGUUGUAUGAAUGUAACUGAGAUACAUCAAGCUCUUGGAUUAGAUUCUUUAAAAAAUCGAACAUUCCAAAUAUUUAAAACAUCAGCCAAAAAAGGUAUAGGACUUGAUGAGGCUAUGGAUUGGCUUUGUAACACUCUACAAAAUCAUAAAUAAUAAAAUACUAUAUUUAUUUUAUUUCUUUGUAAUUAGAGAAUUGUACAAAUUAAAA